ACACAAUCCAGAAGCCGGAAGCAUUCUAAGCAAAGGAAGUACUUCGGAAACUUUGAGACUUACAAGAAAGAAAAUUCAUUUCUGACUACUUUUAAUUUACUAUAAAUGCGAGUGUGUAGUUGUACAUAAGUAUACCUUUAAACACUGCGUUUGUUGUUUAGUGACUUUAUAUGGCGUACUGAAAAUGGGCCGUGUACAUAGUUUGUUUACAUGGCAAAAUAGCUAGCAAGCUAGUAGCCAGUAGCUAGCACAAUAGGAGGCACAUGAAUUGAUAAUUAUCUAACAGCUUUUGAAAUCAAACUUCGAAAUUCAGGCGUUUACCUACUUGUAAACAAGGGAAGUCUUCAUUUUCUUGCCAAAUGUGUCCAGUUUUGUUCGUUGUGCGAACACCGAUAUAAAACUUGGCGGAAAGGCCCGGCGUCUUCAUGUCAAAGAUGCCGUGCUCCUGUGGGAAUUGGAGAAGAUGGAUUCGUCCUUUGGUUGUUUUGUUGUAUAUUUUGUUGUUGCUCGUCGUCUUGCCGCUGUGCGUCUGGGAACUUCAGAAGUCAGAGGUUGGUACUCAUAACAAAGCCUGGUUCAUUGCUGGGAUAUUCGUCUUUAUGACCAUCCCCAUAUCAUUAUGGGGUAUCCUCCAGCAUCUGGUUCACUACACGCAACCUGAGCUUCAGAAACCCAUCAUUAGGAUAUUAUGGAUGGUGCCAAUCUACAGCUUGGACAGUUGGAUCGCGCUAAAAUAUCCGAGCAUUGCCAUUUAUGUGGACACGUGCAGAGAAUGCUACGAGGCCUACGUCAUCUACAACUUCAUGACCUUCCUGCUCAACUACCUGGAGAAUCAAUACCCCAGCCUGGUGAUGAUGCUGGAGGUCCAGGAGCAGCAGAAGCACCUUCCUCCUCUCUGCUGCUGCCCGCCCUGGCCUAUGGGAGAGGUUUUACUUUUAAGGUGCAAGCUGGGAGUACUGCAGUACACCGUAGUUAGACCCGUCACGACUAUCAUUGCUCUGAUCUGUCAGCUAUGCAACGUGUACGACGAAGGCAACUUUAGCUCAACUAACGCUUGGACGUACCUGGUUAUUUUCAACAACAUGUCACAGCUGUUUGCCAUGUACUGCCUGGUGCUGUUCUACCGGGCUCUGCGAGAGGAGCUGAGUCCCAUCCAACCAGUGGGAAAAUUUCUGUGUGUCAAAAUGGUGGUCUUUGUCUCAUUUUGGCAAGCCGUGCUAAUUGCUUUACUGGUCAAAGUGGGCAUCAUUUCGGAAAAACGCACAUGGGACUGGCAAAGCGUGGAGGCGGUGGCUACGGGACUACAGGAUUUCGUCAUAUGCGUGGAGAUGUUCCUGGCGGCCAUCGCGCACCACUUCAGCUUCACGUACAAGCCUUACAUCCAGGAGGCUGAGGAGGGCUCGUGCUUCGACUCCUUCAUGGCCAUGUGGGACAUCUCCGACGUCAGGGCCGACAUCUCGGAACAAGUCCGGAAUGUUGGCAGGACAGUCAUGGGUCGCCCCAGGAAGUCGUACUUUGGUGAGGCGCAGAGCGACGGCGAGAGCUCGGGCCUCCUCUCCUCGUCGGCCUCUCAAGACGCCAUCGCAGAGGCAGCAUCCAAUCCGGUGUCACCCAAGGGCCGGUACGAAGGCAUGGGGAGUACCCAGACGCCGCACUCUCUGUCAGCCCCCGCCGGGCUCAGCGACGCAAACUGGGAAGAAGGACACGAGGCCAGGCCUGAAGAGAACGACGGAGCCGAAGAAGCGGCACACGCAGACCUGAUCGUCAUCACUUAGCGUAUUAUGUCAUCACUUAGUAACACGGUUGGGCGGGACCCAGUGACUGAACUUGUUCAACAGUUGCCUGUGAUAGCUGGAAGAAUGUUCCAUGAGGAUAUGGCACUACUACACUACUUUAAGCUUCGAUCAGGUGCGGCCAAUAUUGACAAACAUUUAGAAAAUUCCACAAAGUAUAAAUAUACUUUUGCAGAAAAUUAUAAGGAUUUAAAUAGAACCUAUAACAAUAUCUCUUCUGGUCAGAAAUGUACCGUAAAAUUCGAGUAUAUAAGCUGGACCGACUAAAUUUCGGGAAUUUUUAAUUUUUUUUUACAUAAGUGACACAUGCCCGUGUUAUAAAUUGGCAUAUUAGGGCGUGCACGAGUAAGGACAUGGCGGCUCUUUACAAAGAGCCAAUCAUCAACUCACGACUAGCUUGUUGCCAGAAGUCAGUACUCAAUACAACAGGCUGACUCGCCGUGUCAUCUUACAAAUAACACUAAACUCAUCACACAGCAACUUAACACUCCAAAAGGUAUACCUGAGAUAUAUAUAUACACGUAUAUAUACACAAACAUGUUCCAAUCACAAGUUCAAAUCAGUUUAGAAAAUGGAUGGUUGGUGCGGCAAUGCUAUAUCAGCCUACCAGAGGGAGGCUGACGUCAAUGCAGUACCCCAAUGAAUGUGUAGUUCAAAUGCAAUGCAUCAUGGGAUAACUCUAAAAGAGUUGUUUCCCCCCCUCCCCAUUUUUAAACUUGUAUUGGUAUGUGUUUGUAUAUUUUCUCAGGUAUACCUAUGGCGUGUUAAACUUCUGUGUGACGAAUUUAAUGACACGACACGACUAGCUUGUUGCAGGAAGUCAGUACUCAAUACAACAGGCUGACUCGCUGUGUCAUCUUACAAAUAACACUAAACUCAUCACACAGCAACUUAAUACUCAAAAAGGUAUACCCGAGAUAUAUAUAUAUAUAUCCAAACAUGUACCAAAACAAUAUCAAAUCAGCAUAGAAAAUGGAUGGUUGGUGCGGCAAUGCUAUAUCAGCCUACCAGAGGGAGGCUGACGUCAAUGCAGUACCCCAAUGAAUGUGUUGUUCAAAUGAAAUGCAUUAUGAGAUAACUCUAAACGAGUUUUAAACUUGUAUUGGUAUGUGUCUGUAUAUUUUCUCAGAGUGUUAAGUUCCCGUGUGACGAAUUUAAUGACACCGUGAGUGUUAUAUUGUUCUGUGAUUUCCAAUGGGUUGGCAAGCUCGAUAUACAUGCUCAUGAAGCUUUCCUCACUGACUCAGGAGCGGCACAGUUUGAAAACAAUUAGUGAAUUAGAAUUUAGCCAUAUUAGCCGCACCACUACAAAGUGUAAGAAAAAAUGAGCGGCUUAUACGGCAGAAUUUAGCGUAUAUACACUCAUCAAGGGAAUAAAUGUCCUGGUAAUUAUGGGAUUUAUUUGAAUUAUAGGUUCGAAUUUUACAAUUGUAUAAUUUACACAAGUUUUACGUCCAGACUCAAAUUGAACUUGGUAAUUUUUAGCUCCGCCCUAAGCCAUUUAAUAUGAUUGGUUACUGACUUGAAGGGAUACCGACAUGUAAAACGAGUGUUACUAAUUGUGAUAAGUCAUAUCCUGUAUCCUGUCCAAUGCCUUACACAGCUUUUAUUUUUUACAAUAAAACUGACAAUAAAACACAA